GGUCGCUGGUGGGGGGAAGGAAGAUGGCGGCGGGCGGGGACCGAGGCUCGUGAGGCGGCAGCGGCGGCGGCUUCCGGGGCCGGAGGGGCGAGGAGCGGAGCGAUAGGCGGCGUGGCGCGGAGCCGGGGUACGAGAGACCGACUGGGCGUCUUUCAGAAACAAGAUAGCCAUGGCCACAGAAAUUGGCUCCCCGCCCCGAUUUUUCCAUAUGCCGAGGUUCCAGCACCAGGCGCCUCGGCAGUUAUUCUACAAAAGACCUGAUUUUGCACAGCAGCAAGCAAUGCAACAGCUUACUUUUGAUGGAAAGCGGAUGAGAAAAGCUGUGAACAGAAAGACCAUAGACUACAAUCCCUCUGUAAUUAAAUAUUUAGAGAAUAGAGUAUGGCAGAGAGACCAGCGCGAUAUGCGAGCAAUCCAGCCUGAUGCGGGAUAUUAUAAUGAUUUGGUCCCUCCUAUAGGAAUGCUGAACAACCCUAUGAAUGCUGUAACAACAAAAUUUGUUCGGACAUCUACUAAUAAAGUAAAAUGUCCAGUGUUUGUUGUCAGGUGGACUCCUGAGGGGAGACGCUUGGUCACUGGUGCAUCUAGUGGAGAGUUCACUUUAUGGAAUGGACUGACUUUCAAUUUUGAAACGAUAUUGCAGGCUCACGACAGCCCUGUAAGGGCUAUGACUUGGUCACACAAUGAUAUGUGGAUGCUGACAGCAGACCACGGGGGAUAUGUGAAAUACUGGCAGUCCAACAUGAACAACGUCAAGAUGUUCCAGGCACAUAAGGAGGCGAUUAGAGAGGCCAGUUUCUCACCCACGGAUAAUAAAUUUGCUACAUGCUCUGACGACGGCACUGUUAGAAUCUGGGACUUUCUACGUUGCCAUGAGGAGAGAAUUCUUCGAGGACAUGGCGCAGAUGUGAAAUGUGUUGACUGGCAUCCAACAAAGGGAUUAGUUGUAUCGGGAAGUAAAGAUAGCCAACAGCCCAUUAAGUUCUGGGAUCCAAAGACUGGCCAGAGCCUUGCCACACUACAUGCUCAUAAAAACACUGUGAUGGAGGUGAAACUGAAUCUGAAUGGCAACUGGCUGCUAACAGCUUCUCGUGACCAUCUCUGUAAGCUCUUUGACAUUCGUAACCUGAAAGAAGAACUUCAGGUCUUCAGGGGUCAUAAAAAGGAGGCCACAGCUGUGGCCUGGCAUCCUGUUCAUGAAGGGCUGUUUGCCAGUGGAGGAUCUGAUGGCUCUUUGUUGUUCUGGCAUGUUGGUGUUGAGAAGGAGGUUGGUGGAAUGGAAAUGGCCCAUGAGGGAAUGAUCUGGAGUCUGGCGUGGCAUCCCCUUGGACACAUUCUCUGUUCAGGCUCAAAUGAUCACACUAGCAAGUUUUGGACUAGAAAUCGGCCUGGAGAUAAAAUGCGAGAUCGCUACAACUUAAAUCUGCUGCCUGGGAUGUCAGAGGAUGGUGUGGAAUAUGCUCCAGGAGAUGAUCUGGAACCCAACAGCCUAGCAGUUAUUCCUGGGAUGGGAAUACCUGAACAACUGAAAAUAGCCAUGGAGCAAGAGCAGAUGGGGAAAGAUGAGUCCAAUGAUAUUGAAAUGACAAUCCCAGGACUGGAUUGGGGAAUGGAGGAAGUAAUGCAAAAGGACCAAAAGAAAGUGCCACAGAAAAAAGUGCCCUAUGCAAAACCAAUACCAGCACAGUUUCAGCAGGCAUGGAUGCAGAAUAAAGUUCCUUUGCCUCCCCCACCUGAGCCAUUGAAUGAUAGAAAGGAAGAUAUUAAACUGGAGGAGAAAAAGAAGACACAGGCAGAGAUUGAACAGGAAAUGGCAGCACUUCAGUACACAAACCCACAACUCUUGGAGCAAUUGAAGAUUGAGAGACUUGCGCAAAAGCAAGCUGAGCAAGUGCAACCACCACCUCCAGGAGGCUCUCUUCAUGGACCCCAGCCUUUUCCAGGGCAAGGCCCAAUGUCACAGAUGCCUCAAGGAUUUCAGCAGCCCCUUCCACCUCAGCAGAUGCCAAUGAAUAUGCCUCAGAUGGGACCUCCUGGUCCACAAGGACAGUUCAGACCUCCAGGACCCCAAGGACAAAUGGGACCUCAAGGUCCUCCAUUACACCAAGGAGCUUCAGGUCCACAAGGAUUCAUGGGACCACAAGGACCUCCAGGCCCCCAAGGGCCUCCACAAGGAAUGCCACGGCCUCAGGAUUUACAUGGGCAUCAAGGAAUGCAGAGACAUCCUGGCCCUCAUGGGCCAAUGGGGCCUCCAGGUCCACAGGGUAAUGCUGGCCCACAAGGCCACUUAGGACCGCAGGGUCUACCUGGGUCUCAGACUCAUUUAGGACCCCAGGGUCCGCCUGGCCCACAAGGUCACUUGGGUCCUCAAGGUCCCCCAGGUGGUCAAGGAAUGCAAGGGCCACCUGGUCCCCGAGGAAUGCAAGGACCUCUUCCUCAUGGCAUGCAAGGAGCUCCAGGAUCUCAAGGAAUGCAGGGCCCUAUAUCUCAAGGGCCUUUGAUGGGACUUAAUCCAAGAGGGAUGCAGGGUCCACCAGGACCCAGAGAUAACCAGGGACCUACUCCACAAGGGAUGAUGAUGGGUCAUCCACAAGAAAUGAGAGGUCCUCAUAUGCAAAGUGGUUUACUAGGACAUGGUCCCCAGGAGAUGAGGGGCCUCCAGGGACCCCCGCCUCAAGGUACAAUGUUAGGACCGCCACAAGAAUUGCGUGGGCCACCAGGUCCACAAGGCCAGCAGGGACCUCCACAAGGCUCUUUAGUAGGGCCUCAAGGAAACAUGCAAGGACCUCAGGGACAACCGAACCCUUCAAGGGGGCCGCACCCUUCCCAGGGCCCUCUGCCCUUCCAACAGCAGAAAACGCCUCUGUUGGGUGAUGGGCCUCGUCCCCCAUUUAAUCAGGAUGGACAGAACCCUGGUCCUCCACCACUGAUACCAGGACUAGGGCAGCAGGGAGGACAAGGCCGUCUUGGCCCUCACAACCAAGGACCUGGUCUUAAUAAAGGUGACUCCCGUGGUCCACCAAACCAUCACAUGGGCCCUCUCUCAGAUAGAAGGCACGACCAGAACAGUGGUGGUCCUGAUCAUGGGCCUGAGAGAGGGUUGUUUCGAGGUGGCCAGGAGUGGGGUGAUGGUAGAGACAGCAGGGGCAUGCCAGAUAGACGAGGACCUCACCCAGAUUUCCAUGAUGACUUUGAUCGACCAGAUGACUUCCGUGACGACUUCCAUCCAGAUAAGAGAUUUGGCCAUCGAUUACGGGAAUUUGAGGGGAGAGGAGGCCCACCGUUGCAAGAUGAAAAAUGGAGACGAGGUGGACCUGGGCCUCCCUUUCCUCCUGAUCACAGGGAAUUUGAAGGAGGGGGUUCAAACCGUGGGCCUCCUGGUGCUUGGGAAGGACGGAGACCUGCAGAUGAUCGAUAUCCACGGGAUCCUGAGGAUGCACGGUUCCGAGGAAGACGAGAUGAGAGCUCUUCUUUUAGCUAUUUUCUACCUAGCUCUGUAAAGAUGUACCUUCCUUUUGUGUGAAGAGUAUGAAAAGAAAUGAACAGUAACUAAAAGAAGAGACCUGCCUCUUCCUGCCUGCUAAUCUGCACAGUGUGUAGUUCUGUACAUUAAGGUCCUAGGCCUCAAGGAAGAAGAUCUGAGAGCAGUCAAACAGGAACUGAGCCCUAUGCAAGGCAGGGUUUUACAUGUGACUGAUACGAAAAAGUGAAAAAGGAUAUACAUAAUACAAUAGUAGGAGCUGUGGCCAUGUCAGGCAUAGGUAUGAUAGAUUUCAAAACUAAACUGUGUCCGUAACAUUGCCUGGAAACAAAAGGAAAGGCCCUAUUCCCACUAGCCACAGGACCUUGUGUUGCAAAUCUUGGUAAUUUACAAGCUAAGCAGAAUCACACCAUGUCAGUAUUAAAAUGGGAGGCCCUCUAAAGAUCAUCUAGAGGACUGUGCUGUUUCAAGGCUAAACAAUAUUGCUUUGUGGUUAUUUGAACCAUUUGUACCUGAAACUGUUCCGUUUGUUUUCCCAAAUCAUCCAGGUUAAUGUAAAAUGGUUCAUUGUCCAUACACAGCACUCCCUCCAUCCACUGUUGUACCUGUACAGGCACAGCAGCCUCCUCUCUGUAUUGUGUUUGUUUUCUGGGAGGUGGAGACAGACCUAUUGUUUUUAAUUAAAAAAAAAAAAAAAAUGUAAAAGUUUAAAAAUAUUGUAUUGUGUUAUGACUACUGUUAAAAUAUUUAAAUUUGUAAUUAAAAGGUUAAUGUUGUUAAAAUUCUAAAUAAAAGUAUCUAAAGUUUUGCUUGUAAUAGGAUGCAGUGUCGUUAAUGAGCUGGGGAAGGGGAUGUUGCAGAAAGCCAACACCACCCGAGUAUUAGGGUGGCUGUGGUUUGGCCAGUGUGGAACUGGGGAGCAAGGGGAGGUGGGGGGCACCAGCGUGAAUGGGCAGAGAGUGCUCCACAUGACCUGUGCUGUUGCUGAGGGGUGGGCAGGAGAGCGUGGGGUCGCACUGUGAGGACUCCUGCACCACCUAAAUACCUCACCUGUGCUCGCACAGCAACUGGGCUGUAAUCUGAGACAAUCCUAACAACCCGUGCUAGGGCGCACUUUUGGAGUUGCAGUAAUACACAGGACACGUAUGCACUUUUACAAGCACUCCAAGUGUUGAAACUGGUAAUGUAAAAAACAAAACUACUAGUAUUCAUGCAGCCAUCUGUAGGCUUACCUGAAAUGGCACUGACAGUUCAUUAAGAACCAUUCUUCUCUCUGAAGAUCUCUGUUAAAACCCCAGUGUGAUACUGGAGGAGCUAUACUCAUUUAAGAUGAGAUGCAGAACCCAAUCAUAACCAAAUAACUGAAGAUGCUAUGGUACUUACUAGAAAGAAAUUACCAACUUUAGUGUCAUAACUACAUUUUGCAAAACAAAAUUCAUUAUUGCAGUCGGAUAAACUGCUCUUCAGGUUGUUGAAUGCCUCUGUGCAUGCUUUUCAGCAAUCAUCAUCCCUACAGAGCCAAGUGCAGUCUAAAUUAAUUUGCUAAAAGGGUAAACUUAACUGGAACAAGAAAGAGAAUGUUCUAGCAAAAGAACCCCAUAUUAGUAGGAAUGAGAUGCUGGAAUGUUUUGUUACAGCUAUGACUCCCAUUGCUUGUAUUUUUUCAGUUUGUUUUCCCUUCCAUUUUAGUGAUAAAAAAGGGAAGGGUAAAGUAACACCACCACAGUUAAGGGAAAUUCACUCAUACUUUUCCUUAUCUUAUCUUAUAUCUAUUGUCACUCACGGACUCGGGUUUUUUCCCUUUUCAUUAAAUGAAUGCAGUAUAUUUGACAGUAUUUUUCUCAUGUGAAAAAACAACACAAUCAACAGAAGGAAAUAUGAGGGAAAACUUUAAAAAUGAAUAACUGAAGUGCUCAAAGGCAGAAAAUGAGCACUAACCCACCUACAAGUCAUAUUCUAGUAACUGUAUGUGCUAUAGUAUUAAGUAGAACAGUUCAGAAAUGAGUUAUUGAACUGAAGCUGACUCAAGUUUAUCAAUCUAAUUUCUGCCUAAAAACCACAUUUGUACCAUGUUCUU